ACAGAAAAACCUCCCGAUCUGCUGCUGCUACUGCUGCUGCACAGACAAAAGGAAGAAGAAGGAGGAGGAGGACAGAGAGAGACAGACAGGCACUGAGACAGGCAGGCAGAGCGAGGGACAGAAGGACGGACAGCCGGGGAGGAUGGGCCGGCGGAGCGGCCGUCGGUAGCGCUCUGUUUUCGGGGACGGAGCUCCAGGAUGAGCGUAGCGCUGCAGGACCUCCGGAACACCAUGUCCAGCUAUAAGCGAGCUACAUUGGAGGAAGAGGAAGUGUCGGACGCUCCAGCUGAGGCAGCCUCGUCUCCUGACAGAGUGGAGGUGGGUUUUAGGAAGGGGGGUGUGGACAUCCUGGGCAGGAGGACUCAGCUGGAGGUUCUGCUGUCAGUCCUGCUGCUGGCAGCCCUGCUGGCUCUGCUGGCAUGUCUGCUGGUCCUGGGACUGGGAUUCAGUUCAGACAGUGGGCGUGGCUUGUGUCUGUCAGAGGCGUGCGUCACAGUGGCCAGUCAGAUGGUGGAGGCGAUGGACCGCAACGCCGACCCCUGCCAUGACUUCUACCAGUUCGCUUGUGGAGGCUGGAUGAGGAAGAACCCUCUGCCUGACGGGCGGUCGCGCUGGUCCACCUUCAACAGCAUCUGGGAGCAGAACCAGGCGCUGCUCAAACACCUGCUGGAGAACGGGACUUUUAACGGCAGCAGCGAGGCAGAGAGGAAAACUCAGUCCUACUACUUGUCCUGUCUCAACACACAGAGGAUCGAAGAGCUGGGAGCUCAGCCUCUCAUAGACCUCAUCGCCAAGAUCGGGGGCUGGAACAUGACGGGCCCCUGGGAGAAGGAGAACUUCAUGGAGGUCCUGAAGGUGGUUUCUGGUCCAUACAGAGCUCAGCCUUUCUUCAGUGUCGGAGUCAGUGCCGAUCCCAAAAACUCCAACAGUAACGUCAUCCAAGUGGACCAAUCAGGGCUCUUCUUGCCAUCCAGGGACUAUUACCUCAACAAGACAGCCAAUGAGAAGGUGCUGGUGGCGUACCUGGACUACAUGGUGGAGCUGGGGAUGCUGCUGGGGGGCGAGAGGAGCUCCACUCAGCUUCAGAUGCAGCAGAUUCUGGAGUUUGAGACAGCGCUCGCCAACAUCACCGUCCCACAGGACCAACGCCGCGAUGAGGAGAAGAUCUACCACAAGGUCACCAUCGCUGAGCUGCAGCUGCUGGCUCCGGCGGUGGACUGGUUGGACUACCUGUCAUCCUCUCUCUCUCCUCUUGAGCUGAACGACACUGAACCUGUCGUCCUGUACGCCAGAGAGUACCUGCAGCAGGUGUCUGACCUCAUCAACAAGACAGAUCGCAGUCUGUUGAAUAACUACAUGAUGUGGACGUUGGUUCAGAAGAGUGUGGCCAGUUUGGAUCAACGCUUCGAGAAUGCUCAGGACAAACUGCUCGAGAGUCUCUACGGAACCAAGAAGCAGUCCUGCACCCCGCGCUGGCAGACCUGCAUUGGGAACACUGACGACACACUGGGCUUCGCUCUUGGAGCGCUCUUUGUUAAGGCGACAUUCGACAAACACAGCAAAGAGAUCGCCGAGGAGAUGAUCAACGAGAUCCGGUCAGCGUUUAAAGAAGCUCUGGACCGACUCAGCUGGAUGGACGACGAGACCAGACAAGCUGCAAAAGACAAGGCAGAUGCAAUCUACGAUAUGAUCGGAUUCCCAGAGUUUAUCCUGGACCCCAAAGAGCUGGAUGACGUUUAUGACGGGUAUGAAGUGUCAGACGACAGCUUCUUCCAGAACAUGUUGAACUUCUACAACUUCUCAGCCCGAGUGAUGGCGGACCAGCUGAGGAAGACUCCCAACAAAGACCAGUGGAGUAUGACUCCUCCAACAGUUAAUGCCUACUACAUGCCCACUAAGAACGGCAUCGUCUUCCCCGCUGGGAUCCUACAAGCUCCUUUCUACGCCCACGACCACCCCAAGGCGUUGAACUUUGGUGGGAUCGGAGUGGUGAUGGGUCACGAGCUCACUCAUGCUUUCGAUGAUCAGGGUCGUGAGUACGAUAAAGAAGGUAACUUGAGGCCAUGGUGGCAGAACUCAUCUGUGGAGGCGUUUCGUCAGAGAACCGAGUGCAUGGUGGAUCAGUACAGUCGCUACACCAUCAAUGGAGAACACAUCAAUGGAAAACAGACUCUCGGAGAAAACAUAGCUGACAACGGAGGACUGAAGGCCGCGUACCAUGCCUAUCGGUCGUGGGUCCAGAGAAAUGGAGAUGAAAAGAGACUUCCUGCUGUCAACCUGACCAAUGACCAGCUCUUCUUUGUGGGAUUUGCCCAGGUGUGGUGUUCAGUUCGAACACCAGAGAGCGCUCAUGAAGGCCUGGUGACCGACCCUCACAGCCCGCCCAGAUACAGAGUCAUCGGCACGCUCGCCAACUCUCCGGACUUCAGCCGCCACUUCAACUGUCCUGCAGGAACGCCCAUGAACACCGGCAAGCGCUGUGAGGUCUGGUAGACAGACUGAAGAGGACUACAUUGGGGGUGGGAUCGGGGCAGGACUAAUUGGGAUAGUCUUGGUUGGUCUAUUAGUUAGGAAACUUGUCUGUUAUUUUGCAAAAAUAUUUAGUUCAUUAACAGGUGAGGUUCUUAAUUGACAGACUUGUUGGUGUCUUAAUUAGAGGAGCAGGUGAUCAGGUUAUAAUUAUCAGCAGGGGUGUUCCAGGUGUAAUCUUCAGUUUCAUACAGUAAAUAUAAAUCCGACGGUCAGACUGACUUCCUGUCUGGAAACAAAAAAAGGACUCAGUGAACUUCACACACAGACAUGAAGGACUGAUAAUGAUGAUGAUGAUGAUGAUGAUGAAGCCACAUGGGGCGAUGUUGCUGAUUUUCUGCUUUAUCACCGUUAUUGAUUAUUAUUAUUAAUGGGCUUUGGCUCGUGUGUGUGUGUAUGUGUGUGUUGUCUGUUGUAUGAAAGACCUCUGUAACUCUGUCUCUCUCUGAUGACAUCACUGUGAUGACCUCAUACGAAGUUGAACUCUUACAUCAUCAUUCAUGGCCGUGUGUAUUAUCAGAUUAUCAGAGGAGGCUGUCGUCUGACGGGCGGACGGGCUUUUCUGAUUCUGCUGACCUUCAAGUGACAAAAUUUACAUUAUUCAGUAUUUUUUUUACAUGACAGUUAAUCCGGGACUGAGUAGAUCUGCCCCAGGGGAGGGUUAUCCCCAGCCCUGAUCCAGGACUAUCUGACCACAUACGACAGUCCCGGAUCAGCAUCUACCAGAAUUUGGAAAUUUCAGUCACUUCAGUCAUAAUGUUUAUUCUUUGAGGGGGAAAUCUCCUAAAUGACUUUUAGGGUGGGGAAAAAAAAACGUCAGGGGACUUCAAAGUAACAAAAAACAUGAUUUAGACCAAGACAGGUCUGCUCCAGUAAAGUCUACAGAGAGCCAGGGUGAGAACUGAACUUAAGUAAGUAAAUAGGAAAAUCUCAUUUAAAAUCCCAUUCACGUUUGUAACUAUGACAGUAACUGAAAAUCCAGCCUGGGAACAGAGCAUUUCUCGACACUAUGCCAUGUGCCUUGCUUUCGUGAUUUUUUUUUUUAAUAUUUAGGUUUUUAGGGGCCUUUAAUGAAAACUAUUUCCCACAAACCCUAUAUGUAAACGUCAUGGCUCGACAGUAGAGGGCCCACAACUAGUCAAGUGUUGCAACAGGGAGCUGCAGUUUUUUUUUCUGUGCUCACAAAGCGAUCAGUAUUUAACUUUGUUAAAAUCCCAAAGGUUUCAUCCUCUUACAGCAGCUGAUGUACUGGGGCUAAAUUUGUCUGAGAAUAUGGAUAUUAACCAUCAGGAAGAUGCUUCAUUUUUUUCCAUGAAGACCGAUGAGCAAAACAGUGAAUGAGAGAUUGCGUUGAGCUACAGAAGCUACCCCAGAUUUUACAUCAGGACUUUGGCUCUCUGUCCAAACAUUAAGUACCUCUCAGGUCUGUCAAAGUUUGUGCUGACUUCAGAGGAAGAGACCUCUCUCAGUCCAAAUAAAUCAUGUUUUUGUGUUACGUACAGAGGCUGAAGGAAAACUAAUCAUUGUCUGACCACAUAACCACUAUCACAACUUUAUAAAAAAAACAAUCCACUAAAAUCCUCUUAAUCAAUCCAAUCAAUCAGUUGGUGUUUAUUGUUUUUGGAUUAAGGGGUUUUAAAGGGCUGAAAAGCCCUUAAAUUGAACUAAAACUAUAUUAUAGAUAAUGCUGAAUUUAUACCUGUUUGAAUUAAUGUGCAGUUUUGGGGUUGAUGUAUGGCCAAAUUAAUGAUGUGAGAUUAUUGAGGGGGUGUUAAUGGAUUACUGGACAGUUUAAAAGUUGUCCUUUUUUCCCUGAAGCUUUACCUUAACUGAAAAUUAGACGUUUUAGAUUUUUCAGUUUCGACGAGCUUCUAUGUUAAUUGUCAGUUUUGCCCUUGAAAAAUCAAAAAAUCAAAAUGCCUUAAUAUGUUACAAUCUAUUAUUUUUUCCCAUAAAUUCCCAUGAAAAACACCUGAGAACAUUGUCCAUGGGCCAAAAUAUUUAGUUACUCAGUGUAAGUGAUGCACAAAUGAAACACACUGUUAUUUAGUCGGUAGUCUUAUAUACUUCAAACCACUAUACAUGUUAACUCACUGUAACCACUAACCACCAUGCUAGUGUUGUCAUGGUAACCAACUAUUACUGGUAGUGACAUUAGUGCCCGCAACAGCAAGGAACAAGAAAGGCCUUAAAAAUUUGAUUUUAUUGUGAAAACGAAUUUGGAAAGUUGCCUUAAAAAUUUAAGAUUAACGCCUUAAAAAAAAGUCAGCUGCUGUGUUGGGCGCUGAGGUCUGAUGUGGCCUGAUGGCAAA